AGUAGCAAAAUUGAACGCAGUACUUGAACGGGAAAAUAGGCUGACGGGAAAAAGAUGUCGUGUUGUCUCUUUCAAAAAUCUUUCAAGUCCCGAAAUCAAUGUCAUGUCAUGUCAUGUCAACAAAUGAAAUAGGAAUGGAACUCGUGUCGCGUUCCAAUACUUCAAUAUUUUGAAAAGUGGCAGUAGGUAUAAAAGGAUCUUAUUUUCCUCUUUCCAGAAUGGAAUUGUUGUUUAUAUGGGAGUUGUCACUGAGAGAAUGAGAGGUGAAAUCGACAUGAAUGAAACAAUAACUGAAACUAUUCAAGAGUGACGGUUGUUAUUCAGUCCAAUCAACAAUAGGUCGCAUUCAGUCCAUACAAUAAAUCAGCAGAAAAGCAAUAAACUAACAGAAUGUCCAGUGUUUAAUUUAAUAUUUAUGAAUUAAAAAGUUUAUUGCCCAGUGAAAAAACGAUGCUACAUAAAAACGGUUACUGGUCGCUACUAUGUCGGGGACGUAAGAAAAAGAUAGUGGUUCUUACAGUUAUAUUAGUACUAUUGUUAAAUUGUUUCUUUUAUGUUAGUCUUGAGCUCUAUAAUACUAUUAAGAGAAAAGAAAAAGAACCAUGGUACAACAGCUUACAUUUUGAUAAAAACUCUUAUGUGGACGAAAGUGGAAUGCGAGUUAUAGUUGGACAUUAUGUAGGAGGUACAAACGGUGGCAAUUUAUCUGAAGAAGUAAUUAACAAAAACAAUUAUGCGCCCGUUCCCGGGGCUGGCGAAGGAGGGCGACCAGUACAGUUGUCACAGCGGGAGCUCAUCACUGCCCGGGAGCUGUAUUCACUUCACUCGUACAACAUACUCGUUAGUGACAAGAUAUCUAUCAAUAGAAGUCUACCGGAUAUGCGAAGUGAGAAUCCAUAUUAUUGUUUCAGAUGUAAAGAAGUGCACUUUGACCUAGACAAUCUGCCUACAGCGACAGUGAUCAUCGUGUUUCAUAAUGAAGCGUGGUCUACACUCAUGCGGACCGUCAUGUCGGUGCUGAUACGAUCACCAUCCACAUUAUUGCAACAAAUAAUACUAGUAGAUGACGCGAGCGACAGGAAAUAUCUCUUCGAAGAGUUAGACGAAGCUGUGGCGAAGUUGGAUAAAGUGAAGAUACUUCGGAACCCUGAGAGGAAAGGGUUGGUGGGGGCGCGGCUGAUGGGAGCGAGACAGGCUACUGGAGAUGUACUUGUCUUCCUUGAUGCGCACUGUGAGGUGACAAUAGGAUGGCUGGAACCAUUACUAGACCGCGCAGGCAGCGAUGACGUCUUCAUUUGUCCUCAUAUAGACCUCCUGUCUGAAGACACCUUAUCAUACGUGAAGAGUAUUGACGCUCAUUGGGGAGCGUUUAGCUGGAGACUGCAUUUCCGAUGGUUAGUACCUAGUGGUGAAGUGCUUAAAAAGAAGUCAGAAAACCCUUCGAAACCGUACCCCACACCAGCUAUGGCUGGUGGACUUUUUGCAGUCAGAAAAAGUCUUUUCUGGCGUCUCGGUGGUUAUGACGAGGGCAUGGUAAUUUGGGGGGCAGAGAAUUUAGAACUAUCAUGGCGAGCCUGGCAGUGUGGAGCCAGGGUAGAAAUAACAUCGUGCUCUCGUGUCGGACACAUAUUUAGAAGACACAGUCCAUACAAAUACCCUGGAGGAGUCACAAAAGUCCUUUAUGCAAACUUAGCUCGAGCCGCAAUAGUGUGGAUGGAUGAAUGGGCAGACUUCUACUUCAAAUUCAACCCAGAAGUGGCCUCGUACCGUGACCAACAAUCAGUAGCAAAUAGAAUAGAAUUAAGAAAGAAUUUAAACUGUAAAAGUUUUGGGUGGUACCUAAGCAACGUGUGGCCUCAACACUUUUUCCCGACCGAUGACCGAUGGUUCGGGAGGAUCAAAAAUGAGAAAGGAGCUUGUAUAGGGGUUACUAUUGGGACAGUGGGGCUGGGAAUACCAGCGGUUGGGAUAGAUUGUAGCAAACAGGCUGAAUUCGAAAGUUUAGUUGUUUUCACUCCAGAGGGAAAGCUAAUGGUGGACGAAGGACUGUGUUUACAGCAAGGGAAUGGACGCGCUCUUUGGAAGAGUUGCUCAGACAGCAGUAAACAGAUUUGGGAGCAGAAAGGGCCGAGAUUAAAAACUCAGGAUGGCCAGUGUCUCACGUUAGUGGUGACGAAAAAUAUGUACGGUAUCGGCGACCCCUUAACAUCGAAAAGAUGUCUCACAGACGAUAAACAAAUAUGGCAUUUUGAACGCGUGCCUUGGCGUUAAUGUUGUGAUAAAACUAGGUAGUACAAAUUAGUUGAACGUUAAGCAAUAAUUUACAAAAAAUAACUACAACCUAAACUUUUAAGGUCGCAAAUCCUAG